UAUGAAAUUUUUAUGAUCUUAAAAUCCUUUACCCUUGUUCGUAUUUCUUUCAAAUCCCAUUUUUCUGCGUGGUACAAUUUCAUUGUGAAACAUUUUCUCAAGAAAAUGCUGUUGGCGGUCUGGACCCAACUUUCUCUGGGAAAUCUUUCCAAACCCUAACAAAGAAUCCAUUUGUUUCCUCUGGAUUAUCUGCGCACAGCUGAACUGCAGCCUCGGCUAUCGUUGGUGAACCUUUUUUUCCUCCGAUUUGAGUACACCGUUUCCUCUCCCUUCAAAACCGGAGCUGGGAAUCCGAAGCAGAUACAGAGAGGGGUAGAGAAUGGCGUUUAGAUCAAAGGAGAUGAUUAAAAAAAUAAUGAGGAAGGUGGGAGAAAAGAACAUGGCUCCAGGAGUGAAAGAGUCGCUCAAGAAGUGUGUGCCGGAUAGCAAGGUGGUGAUGGGCAGAGCCAAGCGAGGCCUCUUCGCCGGCCGCCACAUUCAGUUCGGCAACCGCGUCAGCGAAGAUGGCGGCAACAAGAGCAGAAGGUCAUGGAAGCCAAAUGUACAGGAGAAGCGCCUUUUCAGUUACAUUCUAGACCGCCAUAUUCGUGUCAAGGUAACCACCCAUGCCCUCCGAUGCAUAGACAAGGCAGGUGGGAUUGACGAGUACCUUCUGAAGACGCCCUACCACAAGAUGGACACAGAAAUGGGCCUCUUCUGGAAAGCAAAGAUUGAGAAGAUGUACGAAGAGCUUGGGGAUAUGGAGGUUGCUUUCUUCUCACCGGAGGAUGAAGUCAAGUUUGAAGAAGAGUUUAAAGAAAUGAAACUAGCUCAGAGAGCAGCCCGGAGGGAGGUCAGGAGACAGAUGUAUGGUGGGUUGAGCAAACAGAAGCAGGGCGAGGAAGAAAGAGCAGAAAUCGAAGCAACUGACAAGGAAGCUGCCAGAAUCGCAGAAGAAAACUUGUAUGUUGAUGAGAGAGAGCACUUGGCGGUUAACUCUUGAGUCGGAGCCUCAAAUAUUUUCCCUUUGGAUGUUGUUUCUAGUUUUGUGGCUUCAAUUAUCUUUAAUGUUUAUUUUGGAAAUUGGUCUUUAAUCUGGCAUUAUGAGGCCUGAUAGCCAGAAAAUUUUUUCAUACUAAUGAUGACUUGGUCAUCCAUUUUGUCGCACAGCAGAGGAACCAUUGUAUCAUGUAUUUUCAGUCUUUGAAAUCUGAUGGCAAGCAUUCAUCAA